AUGGCGGAUUGUGGAGCUACAGGGUCGGCUUUGGAUCGAGUUGCACGAUCGCUCUUGGGCGGUUCCCAAGCUUCCGACGGCAAUAUUUCAAAGCAAGUGGCUUCGCUAAUGGGACACGCUGCCGCAACGGGAAACAUUGCGUUGUUGCAGACGCCCAUGUCACAGUCAGCACCGCGACAACUAACAAUGCCUCAAGCAUCUGUGGCUACGACAUUCACGGUGAAACAGCCUGCGCAAGCUUCGGCGCAGCAGCAACAACCGAUAGCAAUUGGGACUCCUUCGGAGCUGGUUUCUCAACAACCGUCAUUCUACGCCACUACGCAAUAUUCACAGCAUCAAAAUGAUGCUAUGAUUCUUCAACAUAAUUUUCAUCAGCAUCCAAUUAUGGCCAUGCAACAACAGCAGCAGCAAGUUAUGAUGCAAAUGGCCCAUCAACAGCAACAGAUGGCACAUAUGGUAAAACAGCAACAGCUUAUGAUUCGUGCUCAAAAUCAGGUAUCCGAACACCAUCAUCAUCGAAUAAGAGAGAGUAAUGAACAAAAAUCAGUCUCCUUGGACAAUUGGCAAAAUGGCGUUGACAAAGAAUUUGGGCAGCAAGUGUCCGAUAUGGCUCCAGUAGGAAUGCACGAGGGGGUGACACAAGGCGUCUCGAUGGAAGAAUUGGCGGCGGCAUGGGCCGAGGUUGCUGACGACAACAUUACGGUAGGACACGAUGGACUUGCACAAGGUGCUACAAUAGAGGAACUGGCAGCUGCUUGGGCCCAAGCCGAGGCCGAAUACGACUCCGUUGAUGCAGCUACCAAUCUUUGGAACGACACCAAUGAUCCCGUAUACGAGUUUCUCAACACGGAGAAACCGGAACGCGUGGAUCAGCAGGACUGGAUGGAGCAGGGAUUGCGAGAAUUCAAUGCAGGAAAUCUGAAAGAAGCUGUGAAAGCAUUUGAAAUUGAAUUGCAAUACUGCAAUGGAGAUAAUUCAGCGGCGUGGAAAAUGCUGGGUCGCUGUCACGCCGAGAACGAUAUGGAUAGAGAAGCCAUUGUGUGCUUGGAACAAGCUGUGGAUCGCGAUCCGUACUCUCCCGAAGCGCUACUAUUGCUGGGAGUGAGCUACGUCAACGAACUUAAUCAUGCCAAAGCACUAAAGAAUCUGAAAGCCUGGAUUACGCACAAUCCCAAAUUUGCAGGUAUGGAGCUGCAGGUAGAUAUGUACCGGGAUUCAUUGGUUGACCAAGAAUCAGCAUUUGACGAAGUACAACGACUGUUGGUACAAGCACUAGAGUACGAUCCGGUUGAUGCAUCAGACGUAUUGGAAGCCAUGGGAGUUGUGUACAACGUAAGUCGAGACUACGUAGCUGCUGGGGGUGCAUUUCGCAGGGCCCUAGACGCUCGACCAGACGAUUAUCAGUUAUGGAACAAACUUGGCGCAACGUUGGCAAAUGGAAAUCAAAGUCAAGAGGCUUUGCCGGCUUACCAUAAAGCAUUACAACUGAAACCAAAGUACGCAAGAGCGUGGUUAAACAUGGCUAUCUCCCAUUCCAAUCUUCAAAACUACGAUGAGGCAGCUCGGUGUUACCUUCAAACGUUGAGCCUCAAUCCUGCAGCGAUUCAUUGCUGGAGUUAUCUCCGUAUUGCGUUGUCCUGCUCGGAGCGCUGGGAUUUGAUUCAGCAUGCGGCAUCCCAAAAUCUUGAGGCGUUCAAAGAUCUUUUUGAUUUCGUCAUUUAUUCUUGA